CACUGAGGUUGUCGUGGAUGCCCACCACCACCACCACCACCACCAACCACCACGGGUCGAGGACAAGUCGACGUCGAAAAUGUCAUGUUUCGUCGACUCAGCGAGGCGAGGAAGAUCGGCCGUCCCUUCCCUGUUGUUUCAGAGUUGCUCUGGGUUUGGUAGCCUUUCCCAUCUCCACUGAGUCGGAUCCAGGGAACUCGACAUGCUUUUUUUCAAGGGUUGGGUUGGUCAGAUGUAUUCGUAGCUGCCUCUUUACACUGCAGUCAGUCGUCAUGACCGGUGUCAGCCAGGAUAAGGAGAGCCCAUCGACCCUGAGGUGAAAGGCCGAAGAAAGUCUCUUUUCCUCUGCAGUAGGUAGGCUGGCUGGUGGAACUCGCCCACAAUGGUCGGGAAUUAUUGUGCAGAUUUGACAGGUGAGCGGCAGAUCCUCGUCUCUCGCGCUCCUUCUCGGAGGUUCAAGUUUCAUCUCAUCGCUGGAGUCGUUCCUCGUAGCGUGCUAUUGCCAGACGAAUCUCCUAUCCCCAUCACGGUCAAGCCUGGCAGCAAGGAGGGCGAUGUUUCUAUGUCCCAAGUCCAUGCAGGUAGGCGAGCACAUCACUUGGUCGGCUGGGAUGUUUCUAUUCCUGUUUCCUCGACCACGAAUACCGUGCUGGCGGCAAGGACCUUCGACCUGCUGGUGGCCGGAGCCCCGCGCGAGCCAGGCGAGACGAGGAUGAUAAGGAGAUCUGCUGAUGCGGUAUGGAGCAGAGAAGGUCGAAGUGAAAGGCUCACAAGUAAUCUCAGCAACCGCCAGGCGCACACUGUACUGGGGCGAGGCGGUCGAAGGUUCUGCGACCCGAUCUCACUCCCGCAUGCGCCGUGCAACGAUUCCCAGAUGUAUGGGCAGUGA